AUGAAGGUGUCCCCAACUUUGCCAGGACCCCCCUGGACACCCCAAGACAACUUUGGGACGUCUCCAGACCCUUCCAGAAGACAACAGGACCCUUUGAACCCACCUGAAGACCCCCUGAAUCCUACAGGAUCAUUCUGGGACAUCCGCAGUGCCCCCCAUCCCACUGCUCCCCCUGACCACAUAGCCCCCCCCUCACCUUGCAGCCUUCAUGGCGGGGGUCUCCCCUUCACCCCGCUGGGGGUGGGCAGUGGUGGGGGGUGCUUUCCUGCAGGCAGGGCUGGUGUUGGGGGACUGCGGGCACUGGGGCUGUGCCUGGGGGCACUGGGGGGGUCUUUUGGGGCACAGGCGGGGGCCGUGGCCUGGGUGGGCUCUGCUGCCAUCGCCUCGCUGCAGCUGGGGGGGCCUUUGGGCAGCGCUCUGAGCACCCGCUAUGGCGCCCGCCCCGUGGUCAUGGCCGGGGGCUUCCUGGCAGGGAUGGGUUUCCUCCUGGGGGCUUUUGCCACCCGCCUGUCCCACCUCUACCUCAGCGUGGGGCUGCUGGCAGGUCUGGGCUGGGCGUUGGUCUUCACCCCUUCCCUGGGGGCCGUGAGCCGCUAUUUCCCAACGCGCCGCGCAAUGGCCACCGGUUUGGCCAUGGCAGGUGCCAGCGUCGUGGGACUGGCCCUGGGGCCACUCAUCCCACUCCUGCUGGAUGCCUACGGCUGGCGGGGGUCUCUGCUCCUCUUGGCUGCCCUCUCCUUUAACCUGAUGGUGGCCGGCGCCUUGCUCCGCCCCUUGGAUGUCCCCAUCGAGUCCCCACGGCCACCACCACCACGUGGCCAAGCUGGGUUGCGUGGAUUGCUCCAUCACGGCCCCUUCCUCCGCUACGCCUUGGCUUUCGUGCUGGUAGAUGCUGGCUACUACGUGCCCCACGUCCACGGGCCAGCCCGUGCCCAAGAAGUGGGGUGUGAUGAACAACGUGCCGGGCUGGUGAUGGCGGUGACGGCGGUGGCCGAUGGUGUUGGGCGAGUGGUGGCUGGUUUGCUGGCCGCCCGCCCCACCGCCUCCUUGCUCCGUCACCUCUUCGCUUGGUCCGUGCUGACGGGCUUGGCGUUGCUGCUCCUCCCUUUGGGGACUUCCUUUGGGGGUCUGACAGCUUUGGCUUUGGCUUACGGGUUCUGCGCCGGUGCCAUCGUUCCGCUCCAGUUCACCGGUGUGGCCGAGGUGGUGGGAGCAGGGCGGUUGCUGCACGCCAUCGGCCUCAUGCAGAUGUUUGAAAGCGUCGGGUCGCUGCUGGGAGCACCUUUUGCUGGUUGGCUGCGGGACCUGACUGGGGACUUCAAGGUCUCCUUCCUCGCUGCUGGUGCCUUCCUCCUGGCUGGGAGCCUCCUCAUCCUCACCCUCCCCAGCUUCUUCCGCACUUCCCAGAGCGAUGGCAGUAGCAUAGAGGGGGUUCUUGAUCCGGUACCUAAAGGCCUUGAGCUCUCUUCAGUUCCUCUCUCACCACCCAAUUAAACCAAUUAAAUCCUCAUCUCCCACAAAGCUUGGCCUGGGCUGUGUCUCUCCAUCUGUACCCUUGGUGGAGGGGGGAGGGAGGUUUGGUUCUAGGUUACCCAACCAGAACUCAUUUGAGAUUGCAGCUUUGGGGGUGUGGUUUGAGGUAACUCAACCAGGACACAUUUGAGACAGCAGAUUUGGGGGUUUGGUUCUAAGCAACCCAGUGAGAACCCAUCUGAGACAGCAAAUUUGAGGAUUUGGUUCUAGGUAUCCCAACCAGAACCCAUUUGAGACAGCAGAUUUGAAGGGGUAGGGGUGGCUCUAGAUGACACAUUCACUGCCAU